GGGCCCAUCCAUCAACACAUCAGGGACACGCUCUGUGCCUACAGAUCUGUGCUCCCACAACCUCUCAUACAUACCACCAACCACCAUAGUUAACCCUGCCUGCUGGGGCGCCGGAGGAGAUGGAGGCGGCGAUUGGCGCGGCGAAUGGGCUCAUUGGCAGCUUGCUGAACCACCUGUCCAAUGAGUUCGUGGAGGCGUUUGUAGCCAGCUCCCAGCUCAGCCUCAACUCUGAGAAGAUCAAGCAAGAUCUCUUGCUCACCAAGGGGCUGCUGCACGAGGCCCAAAGGAGGGGCAUGAGCGGCAAUCCGGGUCUAGAGGGACUGCUGCAGAAGCUCGCCAUCAAGGCCGACGAGGCUGAGGAUGCACUGGAUGAGCUUCACUACUUCAUCAUCCGGGACCACCUCGACGGCACCCACGACGUGGUGCCUGACCUGGGUGAUGACAUCCUGAGUCGUGCUCGCCAUGGUUGCUAUGCUCUUCGCCACACUGUCGGUAACUGCCUUGCAUGCUUUUCUUGUUCACGCACCAAAGAUGGUGUUGCUGCUGAUGUCAUUACUGAUAAUCCACCCAAUGCCACUGCAAACCCUGGCAGUGGUGAUAAUGAUGGUCCAGUUGCUAAGUUGCCAUUUGAUAGAGUUACCAUGUCCAAAAAAAUCAAGUCAGUGAUGGAGGAAAUACAGUCCAUGUGUGACAAUGUUUCCAAGUUGCUCCCCAUGAUUCCACACCAUAGCACCACCACAACAGUCACCCCAAGCCAUCGUGUCACAGGAUCAACCAGUACACACAAAAAAUUGCAUGGGAGGAAAGCCCUUUUGGAUAAAACCAUAGAUGCCAUCCUCACUACUACCACAGAGCACUGUGAACCCCUUUCUGUUCUUCCAAUAGUUGGUCCAGGGGGUAUUGGAAAGACAACUUUCGCCCAACACUUGUAUAAUGAUAAGAGGAUAGAACAGCACUUUGCUGUUAGGGUUUGGGUAUGUGUAUCAACUGACUUUGAUGUGGUUAAGCUCAGCCAACAAAUCCUUAGCUCCAUACAAAAAAGCAACACUUCAGAUCAAACAGACAAUUUAGAUGAGCUUCAAAUAUCCAUCACACAGGAACUCAAGUCCAAAAGUUUUUUAAUCGUGUUUGAUGAUAUAUGGAAAUGCAAUAGUAGGGGGUGGAAAACCCUCUUGGCUCCAUUCAGGAUGGGGGAAGCCAAGGGCAGCACGGUUCUUGUCACAACUCGAUUUCCAUAUAUUGCUGAAAUGGUGAAAAACACCAACCCAAUAGCACUGCAAGGUCUGGAGUUUGAUGACUUCUUCACAUUCUUUUCAUUAAUAUUUGGGGGAAACAAACCUCAAUAUUUCCAAGAGGACUUGGAUGAUCUUGCAUUUGAUAUAGCAAAGAAGUUGAAGGGUUCACCUCUAGCAGCCUUAACAGUUGGUCGGUUAUUGAGCAAUGACUUUUCUCGGGAACACUGGAUGGGAGUUCUUGAAAACAAUGAGUGGCAAAAAGAGGAAAAUGUUGAUGACAUUAUGCCAUCAUUGAGGAUUAGCUAUGAUUACCUUCCGUUUCAUCUAAAAAAAUGUUUUUCGUGUUUUUCCUUGUUCCCUGAAGAUUAUAAGUUUAAGAAGUUAGAUAUUACGUAUUUUUGGAUUGCAUUAGGAAUAGUAGAAAAAGAAGAGAAUUGUAUAGAAGAACUUGUAGAGAAUGGUUUUCUCAUGAAGGAAGUUGAUGAUUUUGAACGUCAAUACUAUGUAAUGCAUGAUUUAUUACAUGAACUGUCUCGGAGUGUUUCGUCACAAGAGUGCCUCAACAUAUGUAGUUCAAAUUUUAGAGUUGAUGACAUCCCACAAACUGUUCAACACGUAUCUGUCACAAUGGAAGAUAGAUUUGAUGGGGGUGUUAGGGAAGAAAUGAUUAAAUUGAGGAGCAAGAUAGACAUUCAUAAUUUGAGAGCUUUGAUGAUUUUUAGAGAAUAUGAAGAAACAAUUGAUGGAUUUUUGAAAGAUAUUUUUAAGGAAAUAGAGGGUCUUCGUGUCCUACAUAUAGUAGCAGCAUCUCGAAAAUCUUUGCCACUCAACUUUUCAAAACUUAUCCACCUACGAUACCUAAAAAUUAUGACAUCAUUUUCACACAGUUGGCCAGAAGCGACUUUGCCUAGUACACUAUCCAGAUUUUACCAUUUAAAAUUCUUAGACCUUAUAAGCUUUGGCAGAGAUAGUAAAUUACCUAAUGACAUUAGCCGCCUUAUCAAUAUAUGCCAUCUUUUUGUUCACAAAGAACUCCAAUCCAAUGUUCCUUGUAUCGGAAAGAUGAAAUGCUUGCAGGAGCUAGAAGGGUUCUUUGUUAAAAAAGAGUGUAUUGGAUUUGAACUGGGAGAGUUGGGUGAACUAACAAAUCUUCGAGGACAACUCAGCAUACAUAAUCUUGAGAAGGUGGCAACCAGGGAAGAGGCUACAGAAGCCAAGCUUGUGUGUAAAAGAGAUUUGAAAGAGUUGAGGUUAGUUUGGCGUAGAGAUCACCAACAUAGCAUAGAAUCUGAUGUUCUCGAUGCUCUUCAGCCACACCAUAAUCUUGGUGCACUUAGCAUUAUAAAUCAUGGUGGUAUGACUGGUCCUAGCUGGUUGUGUGGUGAAAUUAGCAUCAAAAGGCUGGGGUCUCUCCACCUAGAGGGUGUGUCUUGGAGCACCCUUCCACCUUUUGGACAGCUAUUGCAUCUCACGUCACUCACAUUGAUUAGCAUUUCUGUACUUUGUGAGAUCAGACCCGGCUUUGGUGGUGUUAGAGAUGAAGGUUUUGUGCAUCUGAAGCGGAUCAUUCUUCAUGAUUUACCUGAAUUUAUCGAGUGGGUUGGAGGAGCUAAUGCCCAUUCUUUUUCAAGGCUUGAAUACAUCAGCUGCACAAAUUGUCCCAAUCUCUGCGCGGUGCCCUUCCUGGAGUGCUCUGUAUCUUAUCCCAAUCUUCUGCAUUUUUACAUUCAAUAUUGCCCAAAGUUGUCUCUGCCCCCCAUGCCUCACGCGUCCACGCUGACAGUUUGUUGCGUGGCACUUCCUCCUACGCAAUUUACUUAUUCUAGUGGGGAGAUGUCUAUUGAUGGGUAUAGUGGUGGGCUGGCCUUGCAUAACCUGCGUAAUGUAGAGACAGCACAUAUCAGCAAUGUGUCACACUUUUCACUGACGGAGCUCAAUAAACAGAAAUCCUUAGCAAGGCUAGAUUUCUACAAUUGCAGCAUCACAUGCCAUGGACUGCAGGAUCUCAUGUGCCUCGAAUCAGUUCAAGUAAUAUAUUGUCCCAACUUCUUUCGGUGGCCCGUCGAAGCAGCUCACACCAUCAGGCCUUUCCCUGCUUCCCUCAAGGAACUUAAGAUCAAAGGAGAGUCAGGCAUGCAGUCAAUGGCUCUGCUCUCAAACCUCACUUGUCUCACCAAUAUGGAACUGGAGAACUGUGAGAAUCUAACAGUGGAUGGGUUUAAUCCUCUCAUCACAGUCAACCUUGAUAGCUUGAAGAUAUACAACAGAGAAAAUUGUCCUAGCCGUUCUAUAUCGGCGGAUUUGUUCUCUGAAUUGGCGGGAGCAAGGACCAACCUAUCAUUGCCUGCAGGUUCCUUUCAGUUGACAAGGCUUGAAGUGGAUUGCAUCUCAGCGGUGCUUGUUACUCCCAUCUGCACCCUCCUCGCCGCUACCCUCCACGCUUUAUGCAUCAGUCAUGAUCAGCGGGCAGAAAGCUUCACGGGAGAGGAAGAUAUAGCCCUUCGGCUCCUCACCUCCCUUGAGGUCAUUUAUGUUAGCAAUUGCCCGAAUCUACCGUCCCUUCCUCAGGGGUUGUACAGCCUUCCUUCUAUUCUGCACAUAGGUGUCAGAGGUUGUCCUCAAAUCCGAUCUACGCACAAGUGAGUAACACAAGGUAACAAAGCCAGGUGCUCACGUGGAUGGUUAGUGAGUAACACAAGGUGGCUUAAUUAAUUGUCGGCACAGCUGCUUGUUUGAAGUGCAUCGUCUACAUAAGUCGUGAAACCUUUCGGCCGACUCUUUAUAGAGAUACAAGACUAUAGAUCAACAUCUGCUCAGGAUCAAUGCAAGUCAUGUCACAGCUCCACACGUCAGUCAGUCAGUCAAUCCAUUUGCCAGCCGGUUAAUUGCUGAGGUACCGGUUGUUUUGCCUCGUACUAAGUCUACUAGAGCACACUUGUACUACACGAGAUGGAGCAGCAGUACUAUAGUUUGGAUUGCUAGCAGCAAAAGCUGCGUGCUGAAUUUUGAAGACCAUGAGGACACUAUAUGGAUGUAUAGACCUGAAGAACAAUUAGGGCCGACAGUGGAUUUGGCAUUCAGGACUUUAUUGGUUGCUCCAACUAAACUGUAACAUUAGCAGUAACAAAAGUAUCAUCAAGAUUUUUUUUUAGAAAAGGAGGAUGACCCCCGGCCUCUGCAUCUGGGAGUAACAAAAGUAUCAUCAAGAUUAAGCAGCACACCUUCAUUGAUCCUUCUUUGCUGGCCUAAGGCAACUAUGUAUCCCUCACACAUAUCUGAAUAUCUCAGAGGUUAUUAUUAUAUGCAGCAAUAUUGGAACAUGUACUUUAUUUUUCAAGCUCUUGGUCGUCCAUGGUACCACCAGCUGCCAACCGCGUCUUGUGCAGAUUCCAUAUACGGUGAUGUCUCACUGACGGGCAAUCUUCAGAGUUUCAGUUCCUACAUGCCAGUUUCGUCAACUUAGCAACUCAAAAACCAUAAUUCUGGGAGUCUUGCAUUCAUUACUUGGAUUCUGCAGAACCAUGACAGUCGACCAUCAGUUUUGCUGUUGGAAUUCAGAACUUGGUUGUUGCAUCGAAACUACAUAAUAGUAAUGGAAGCAUAUGUCUUGCUGUCCUGAAGGAGCUGCACAGUUCUGCAUAAAACAUCUAUCAGAAAAGGCAUGUUCUAGCUAUUCACAGAUGCGUCGUUGACUUCACAGUGACUGCACAUCCUGUGUUUCAGUUUCACAAGGCUAACAAUUUGGGUAGAAGAGCAUCUCAUCUUUUGCCAACUACAUCCUCAUCCUGUGCGGUUUUGAUAUAUGGUGAUGUUUCACUGUCAACCUUCAGAGUUGGAGUUCCGCAAGAACUGAAAAACAAUAUAUUCACACUCAACAAUGAAUGUUUACAAGUUGGUUGGUAUUCAGAAGCAACCACGUAGCACUGAGCAGUCUUGACUCUUGACGGAGAUCUUUGCAGUUGUGCAUAAUCAACAAUUUGAGAGGCCUGCUCCCCUCCCUGUCGAUGAGCUCCAAAUCCUGAUGAAUCAAGACUGGAUAGCACUGGCAGCGCCUCCUCCACUAGCUCCUGCCCUGCUGCCCUGGCGUCAUCUCCUCUGCUCUGGUCACAUUUGGCACUGAGGCCGCACAUGUUCCCGGGGCGCUCGUCGCCGCCGGCUCACUCCAUCUUCCUCCUCCUCCACUUGUCUUAUCCUCCCUCCCUCAUUGUCAGUGUACACACGUUACAUGGCUUGUUACCUGCGGCUACCUUAUUGUCAAACCCCACCUCCACUUCUCUUAUUGCUCAAAAAAAAAAAGUCCCUCUCUUAGGAAUGGCUCUUUACACUUCUUAAUUCCUCCUCCCACCACCCAUCCAUGCCAGAUCGACCAACGGGAUCAGCAUGGCCACAACUUGGCAAAAAAUGAUGCAUGUUUCUACGGUGUUGAUCAGUAGUAAACCGAUUCUUCCAUACUUUUUGUAUACUUGUAUACUUAGAAGGCUGGAGACUGUUAAUGCAGUUCAGUUCCAGAGAGCAAGUUCAAUUGUGUUGUGAUGCUGCUUUGCUUCAGACUGGACAGCAAGCCGUGAGACUUUUUUCGAUAAAGGGUAAGAUUUUAUUAACUCAAAAUGAAGCAUCAAGUGAAUACAAACACAAUGAGCCCACACCCGACCUCUCCAUAGCUAGGAUGCACACAGCCAACACCAACGCACACACACGAAAAUCACACCGGCAACUAGCAAGCUGUGAGACUUGGAGCAUUAAUUGCUUUUGCUUGUUGUUCAUACAUGAAAUUAAUUACCAGUAUUAAGCAGCAGCGCACUUUAACAAAGUGCACAUAUUUAUUUGCAGGAUUGUGUUUUGUGUAUGCAUGAUAAAGCAUGAUUUCUGAGCA